GCUCUCUAUUUCUUGCUUUUCAUGCUUCCUUGGAUUUUGGGUGUUGUGGCUUUUGCUUCUUUUUAGAGAGAGAGAGAGAGAGAGAGAGAGAGAGAGAGAGAGGAUGAAGAGGUGUAACAGUGAGUCUUCUUCCAAACCGGACAGGAAGACAGUGGAAAGAAACAGAAGAAUUCACAUGAAAAGUCUCUGCUUCAAGCUUGCUUCACUUGUUCCUCCUCAACACUUCAAAACCACCAACUCCAAGGAUACCAUGUCACAGCAAAAUCAGCUUGAUACUGCGGCAUCCUAUAUAAAGAAACUGAGAGAGAGAAUCGAGAAUCUGAAAGAGAGGAAGGAGAGAGCAAUGAGGUCACAAUUAGGCAGUUCUAAGUCUGACAUUGGCUAUAUUGACCCAGAAAAAACCGCGAUGAUGGGCUCAAGAUUGCCAGUUAUUGAAUUAAGAGACUCGGGUUCAAGCAUAGAAGUGAUGCUGAUCAGUGGGUUGAAUAAGAACUUCAUGUUUUAUGAAGUCAUCAGUGUUCUUGAGGAAGAAGGAGCUGAAGUUGUCAGUGCUAGCUUUACCACCAUAGGCGAUAAAGUUUUCCACUCGGUGCAUGCUCAGGUCAAAAUUUCUAGAGUUGGAGUAGAUACUUCGACGGUAUUGCAGAGACUACAGGAUUUGAUGUAGCUCGCUAGCUUUACCUUUUGAAAACUGAAGAUUUAUAAAUAAGGUUUUAGCAACUGCAUCAUGAAAGAGAUCCGAAAGGAGAGAGAUGCUUAAUUAGGAUAAACUGAUGUUCACAGUUGCUGGACGAGCCAUUGAGCUAAUGGUCAACAAAUCAAUUAAUAUAUAUAUAUAUAUAUAUAUAUAUGUA